GCUAAAGUUUUAUUUUUUCCUUAAAAAAUUUAUGUUAGUAAUCGCCUCUCCAACAGUUUUCAGACUGCUGUAACGUCACAACUCAUAUCCUACAUAUGCAGACAGACUCGACUACGGGAGCGGCGAUGCCGCCGUUGACGGCGAUGCCUGUGUCGGCAGGGGAGCGGUAUGCGGUGGGGGCAAGGAAGAAGAUGUCGGCUUCUUUCGCGAACUUUUUCAGAAUAGCAGCUGCGGCCCAACAAUUGGCCCCGCAUCUUCAACCUGGCAGCGCUAGCAACCCCACUGAGUUCUUUCGUCUCUGCCUCUCUCUUGCUAGAGGCAUUGAUUAUGCAGUUGCAAACAAUGAGGUUCCACCCAAAGCUCAAGAUUUACCUUUAUUACUGAAACAGGUUUGCUUACGUAAAAAUGAUCUCUUAUUACAAGCAGCUAUCAUGGUUCUUAUGAUUUCUGUCAAGAACGCGUGUAAGGUGGGAUGGUUUUCAGAUAAGGACUCUCAAGAACUGAUUGCUCUUGCUAAUGAGAUUGCGAACAGUUUUUGUGGUCCAGGAGAUGUUAAUACUGUCCUGAGUGAUUCUCUUUCCAUUAUCUCAACAGUUAUGUCCAGAUUCUAUCCAUUGAUGAAAAUGGGGCAGCUACUUGCUUCUCUUGAAGUUAAGCCUGGAUAUGGAGCAUAUGCAGUUGAUUUUCACAUUUCAAAGAAUAUAACACACUCUCAACAGGAAAAAAUUAGAUUGUUUAUUGUACAGAGAGAUAAUAUGGAGACAUCUGCAUGUAUUGUUAGUCCACAAAAAGUGAAUUUUCUGUUAAAUGGAAAGGGAGUAGAGAGAAGAACUAAUGUUUCAAUGGACACUGGGCCACAGAUUCCCACAAAUGUGACAGCAAUGCUUAAAUAUGGAACAAAUCUUCUUCAAGCUGUUGGCCAGUUCAAUGGUGAUUAUAUCAUAGCUGUUGCUUUCAUGAGUGUGACACCACUGUUGGAGAUUCCUGUUUUACUAGAUUAUGAGCAGUCCAAUGUUGCUGCUGCAGAUCCAGGUAUGCCUAUGGGGAAAAGAAUAGAGCUGGAUAUGGAUUGUGUUUCCUUGAUUCUUUUUGUUUCUAAUAUACUCCCUUUUAACCCCUUGUGUAACUCUCCUUUCGGUUUCUUAGAUUCUGAUAUAAUAGAGGGGCCAUCACGUGUGUCACUUAAUUGCCCCAUAAGUUAUACACGUAUCAGAACUCCUGUCAAAGGACGUUCAUGCAAACAUCUUCAGUGCUGUGAUUUUAGUAAUUUUCUUGAUAUAAAUUCAAGAAGGCCAUCUUGGCGCUGCCCUCAUUGUAAUCAGCAUGUCUGCUACACAGAUAUUCGUGUCGAUCAGAACAUGGUUAAGGUUCUGAAAGAAGUGGGAGAGAAUGUUGCUGAUGUUAUCAUCUCUGCUGAUGGAUCAUGGAAGGCUAUCUUGGAAAAUGAUGACAAUACAGAUCAGACAUGCAAAGAGACUGUUAAUUGCCAGAAAGAAACACCUGGACAGCAAGAACCUGCUACUUCCUCAGACCUUCCCAUUGUUAUGGAUCUUACAGAGGAUGACUAUAGGAUAGAUGUCAUGAGCAUAAGCGAUGUUGAAGACAAGAAACCUUCUCAGGCUGCUCUUCAAAGUCGAUCUCUUGCCACUAAUUUAACCAUGCCAAAUGUGGUUGGUCAGAAUGUUGCGAGUCAAGUAGAGAAUUCCUUUUGGUCUGAUGUUUACUUGAAUCAUGGGUCUGGGACCUCCAAUGCUGGGCCAGGGAUACAAAUGGUUACUGGCACCUCUGGAAUAACUGAUGCUGUUUCUCCUGUUCUUAACCGUGAUGCUAUUGGUCAUGGAAAUAAUAACCUCACCUCUUUAUUGCAAAAUCAGAUUUCUGCUUCUGGUAAUUUGCAACAGUCACAACUUGUGAAUGCAGCGGUGAACAAUGAGUAUGGGAGGUUGACACAUAUACCUAGACAUGUAAACAGAACUCCUGUAGCAGUUCAGGCCCUCCCAGUUCCAUCUCAAACAUCAAUUCAACAACAAAGAUCAAGGACUAAUUUGAAUAGUGCCAUUCCUAAUGGGUCCUCUGUUACUUCUCAGGCUGCCCUACCAAUAACACCAACUUCAAAUGGUUUCAACAUGGCUUCCAAUCAUAUGAUGGACAGGCAGCAGCAACAUCUGAGAUCCCAUACAAAUCCACAUCAAGUGUUAGACAGGAAUCCACCCUCAUUGCAGCAUCACCCAACAGCACAGAACCGGAAUCAUCCUGACCGAUCAUUUAACAUGGGACAAUCAGCCCAAAAAGUUGCUGGUGUUUCAAAUUCUGGUCAACUCCCAGGCGCUGUUGGAGCAUCUUCUGUUUUUCGGAAUGAAUCUCAGAAUUUGCAUCAGCAGCAAGCUCUUCGGAUGCCCCAAUCCAGGAUUCAAUCUCAAAGCGUAAGUCGUGCAUCUUCAGCUCUCCCACGGAUUCAGACCCAGCAAGGGGUUGCACAAGUUGGGGCUGGCAAUACUGCAGGUUUUCCAAAUACACUAAAUGCUAGAUUUGCAGCUGCUGCUCAGCGAGCAGUCCAGAUAACUAGACAGCCACCGUCUGUGCCAGUUCAAAUUCCAACUUCCAGAGGGACCUCAAACUUGAAUACUGAUGGGACUAGAGCACCGACAAUGGUACAAAGGGUAAACGUUGGAGCAGCAGCGCAAGUGAAUACUGGCAGUGAUGGUGUUGUGAAUUUGCCAUCAGAGCAGAAUUGGCGGCCAACAGGACGAAUGCGUGGAAGCCUAUCUGGUCAGGCUGCUGCAGCUUAUGGAGACUUGAUAAUUCAGCCGACUCAACCAGCUCCAGCUGCAGCUCCAAAACCACCAGCGACCUCAUCCCUACCUAGUGUUCCACCACCCCUUCAGGCGCUUCUUGCUAACAGCAGGAAUUUCUAUGUUCCUCAGACCCAGAAUAACACUCAACCUGCUAGUGUGAAUGGGAAUUCUGGUACUCUGCCAUGAUUGCCAUAUAUUAAUGUCUUCAGGUUACUAUAUAUAAGAAGAAUGGCCCGUUUUGCGCCAUACGGUCUCCGGUAAAUAUAUUAAAGAUUUAUAGGGUCACAUCUGCUUUUUAGUCAA